AUGAGCACAUUAGCAGCUGCAAGAGCAGACAAUUUUUACUUUGGACCAAAUUACGAUCCCAAUGGAGUAAUAUAUCAAUUCUAAAAUAGGGAAGUCUGAAAUAUUAGAGAAGAAUGAAACUUUAAGGAAAGAGAAAACCAUCAAGAUUAGAUUAAUAUAAGAUAAAAAGUGGACCUAAGAUAAGAUUUGAAACUCCAUUUCAUGUUAAAUGCUUAAAAUGUGGUCAUAUGAUAGCCAAAGGUGUUAGAUUUAAUGCAGCCAAGAGAGAAGGUAUAUAAUUAUAAAUUAAAUUAUUUUAGUUGGUAAAUUUCAUAGUACAACAAUAUUGUAAUUUUCAAUGCUAUGUCCUUCUUGUAAAAAUACAAUAGUUUGCAAGACUGACCCUGAAAAUUGUGAUUAUAAUUAUACUGAAGGAGCAGUAAAAUGGGUAGAUUAUAAUUAUAUAUGAAUUUAGUUAAGUACAGAAAAGGCAACAGAUAUGGAAUUCAUUCCUGAUCCUGAGUAGAAAAUUAAAGAGUAAUCAAAUGCAAUGUUUAAAUUGGAGGUAGAAGUUGAAAAAGUUAAAAAAAAUAAUUUGGCUCCAGUAUUAGAAGAUUUAUAAAAAUAUCGUUUAGUAUUAAAUAAAAUAGAUAUGAAAGGAAAAUUGGAAGGAUGAUUUUGAAAAGAAUUUGAUGUUAAGAAAGAAAUUUAGGGAAGAAAAAUAAAAAUAUGCAUAAAUAGAAGAAGAAAAAAAUAGAGUUAAAAAUUUUGGUUUACCUUUAGAAGAUUUAACAAAGUCUGAGAUUGUAAAUUAUGAGUAUAUAAAAAAUGUUAGAGAGAUAUUAAGGAUGUUAAAUUUCAUGAAUCAAAUAGUAGAAAAUAAUAGAGAGAAAAAAGAUAAGAAAUUAUGAAUCAAAGCAUAUUACCUAGUGGUAGAAUGAAUUCGUAAUAACAAAAAUAAUUAGAGGAAUUGAAUAAGAAAUUAAGUCAAAUGCCUGCUGCUACUAGAAAAAUAAUCAAAUAGUAAUUAAUGCCAAAAAGAAACACUAUUAAAUUUUGA